CCCGCCCGCGGGUGACCGUCCCUCUGCACUCACCGCCCGCGCGCGCAAGAGUCGGUGCGCCCGUGCUCACUGCCGUCCCCCUCAGGUGUUCCGCGACCGCAGGUGUCCGCGCCCAAGCCAUGGUGGACGUGCUGGGCGGCCGGCGCCUGCUGACCCGGGACGGCGCGUGGGUGGAGGCCGAGGAGGAGCUGCAGAACAAGGUGGUGGCGCUGUACUUCGCCGCCGGCUGGUGCGCGCCCAGCCGCGACUUCACGCCGCUGCUCUGCCACUUCUACGCGCAGCUGGUGGCCGAGGCGCGGCCGCCCGCUCCCUUCGCGGUGGUGUUUGUGUCGGCCGACGGCAGCGCGCAGGAGAUGCUGGAUUUCAUGCGCGAGCUGCACGGCGCCUGGCUGGCGCUGCCCUUCCACGAUCCCUUCCGGCAAGUUGAGAAAACGUUGACGAUCCAGAAGUCAAAUUCUUGCCAAGACCUUCCUCUACCCAAAGCUCCCAUGAGGAAUCAAGCAUCAGGUUCAGGGGACACUCAGCGAACACGCCCACAGAAGGCCCAUCUCUUCUCACCGUUUGCCAGAGAUUUGGGUGACAGUGAUGCAGCCACCUGCCUUGCGAGGAAAGACAACAGUCUGGCCCCCGGGAGCCCCCAGAUGUACUGGUCACACGAGGAAGGAACUGAACGCCCGCAGCAUCCAAGUGGCUGACGGAGACGGGUCACUUUGCUUCUGGCAACCCCGCCUGCUUUGCCAGCAGAGCAGAAACGCACCGGGAGAGGUGAGCCGAUUGGCCGAUCCACUUUAAGAUAGUCUUUGGAAACACUCUGCUCAGCACUGAUCCGGACGGCCGAGAAGAGAAGGGGUUUGCAGUGUGACCCCUGCCAGGGAAGACUGGUAUCUCCUGGAGGGGGCUCGGAGCUCGCGACAUUGGACCAGAGCAGCAGCGGCUCCGGGGACGGGCUUCAGGUGCGCACAACGGGCAGGGGGAGAUUAGGAGAUCUUGAGCCGUCAGCCCGCCUCCCUCUGCCCUUUCUCCCCCAGCAUAUUGUGAGGUGUUUCCAGUCCAUGAGGAGCCCCAAGAACUCUGCAGUGAGCGCUGAGACGCGGAGCACUCGGUCGCCCCCUGGCCUUGCACCUGCCCCACCACGUUUCCGCCCAUCUCUCGGGCGCCCCCCCCACCCGCCACCGCACGGCUCCACGGCCGCCGAAGCCAGCUCCAGCUUCCUGUUGGAUUUGUUCCAGGAAGACCGGGCAACGAAUUGAAGGAAGCAAACCUUGUAUGAGAAAACUUCCCCGCAGGACACGGGAUCAGGAGCUUCACACAUUCUCCAGAGUCGACCGUGGCCGAGUUGUUCUCAUUCCCGCCCUCAGAUUCCUGGGGGGCUGGUCACAGUGGUGAGCACAUCGGGGUCAGCCUAGCUAGAGAAGCACGCGUUUCAGGACUUGGGAGAAAGGCUGGCCCGGCGGUGGUUGAUGGGACAAGGGCGUCCUUCUGCGCGGCGGGGCCCUUGGUACAGCCUGCCGCUUGCAGUUCGGGACGGGGAGUCCAGGAAAUCGCCCCCAAAUCGUACACCUGUGGACUUUGGCUGCUGAGAAUUUAUUUGCUUAAUAUUC